GCUUUUUGGUUAGAGGAUUUGGGUUUUACCUACUGUUGGUUACGCCCACAUUAUUUGGCUUGUCUGCUUCUGCUUCGUCUUUUCGUUCUUCCUCCUCUAGAUUCUUUAAACAAUUACCACCACGACCAUCACAACCGCAACCGCAACAAUGGCGCCAACAAUCCACCUCGUCCGCCACGCCCAAGGCUUCCACAACCUCACCCCAGACAACUACUCCAUGCACGACCCGCUCCUCACCCCCCUCGGCCGCGAGCAAUGUCUCGCUUUGCAGCGCGCCUUCCCGGUGCCGCUGAGCACCCUCGCCGCCGUCGUCGCCUCCCCCAUCAAACGCACAAUCUACACGGCGCUACUGACGUUCGCGCCCACCAUCGCGGCCAAAAACCUGCGCGUCGUCGCGCUCCCCGAACUGCAGGAGACGUCCGCCAUGCCGUGCGACACGGGCUCGCCGCGCGCGGAACUAGAGCGCGAGUUCGCGGGGCAGCCGGUCGAUCUGGGCUUAGUGGGCGAGGGGUGGGACAGCAAGACCGGGAAGUGGGCGGAUGAGGCGGGGGCGAUUGGCGCGAGAGCGGCGGAGGCGAGGCGCUGGCUCGCCGAGCUGGUCAAGGAGAUGCAGGGAGAGGGCCAUGUCGCGGUUGUGACGCAUGGCAGCUUUUUGCACUAUUUGACGCGGGAUUGGGAGGGGUUUGAUGGGCUUGCUGGCACUGGGUGGCGCAAUACCGAGGUCAGGAGUUUUGGGCUGCGGGAGGAGGAGGGUGGCGAGGUGGGGCUGGUCGAGACGGAGGAGAGUAGGGCGAGGAGGAGUGAGAUAGGGGGGCCGAGUAGUGGGGGGGAACAGGCGACUGGGCCGGCGGUGGAGGAGGAGAAGGCCAACAAGGUGCUGGGUGCGGAGGAGGUGAGCGUGAGGGCGUGAUGGACGAG